CAAUGGCAAGGCAAACAAAAGAAAAUGGCAGCAAGAAGCAGAAGAAGAAGAAAAAUUCACAAUCCGCGUAUAUGUGAGCUCUCAGUAGGUUGGGCAAGGGGCCGCUGCCAUUGUGCCUCAUCAGCUUUCUUCCCUGAUUUUAGGCACUAGCUCAAUCAUUUACGCUCGCUACUGUAGGUGGCUGGAGCUGCUGGUAGGUUUGGUUCCCUGCUACCCAGGACACAUGGAAAGGCCAACAGCUCCCUUCCCCCUGCAGUUGGCUCCUCUUAUUCCGUUCCAGUCAGUAGUGCCUAGUGUGCUCUCUUCCUGCUCAUACCUGUACGGCCAGCCCGUCAACGAGCGUCCGGAAAACAUGGCCCCUUCCUUGGCGCGCCCUACUGGCUUCCCUCUGCAACAUAUUGCCAUUGGCAUCAAUGAGUUGGACAAGGUUCAUGAUGCAGCGAUAUAGCUAUGGCUUUCAAAAAGGUUUCGUGCGUUCUCCGAGGCCGGAUUGAACCAAUGGACCUCCCCAUAGCAAGCCGCGGCGCUCGACUCUGCCAGCCAAAACCCACCUAUCGGCUUGUGUCGCCACUAAAGCCAUCAGAAACUGUCGCCCACGGAACGGUGCGCUCUUGCAGGUGCAUAGUCGCCCGUGAUCCGCUGACACCUCGGGGGGUCCCCUGGACUAGGCCGCGG